AUGAAAUCUCCGACAGGUGAGACGAUGGUGUGCACCGCGCCGACGGACCGAUCCGUUGUAGUGUCCGAUGACAAGCUGGCAUGGGAUAUCGAUGAGGAACGCAGGGCCAAGAGGAAAAUCGAUCUCACUGUGCUUCCGCUCCUCGUCUUGGGUCUGCUCAUGUUCCAGCUUGACCGCAUGAACCUCGCCUCAGCCCUCACAGCUGGCUUCGCGAGAGAUAUCAGCAUCAGUCAAGACACGAUCAAUCUGGGGAACCAGAUCAUGUUCAUGGGCACUGUCAUUUUAGAGAUUCCAUGCAACUUGCUUCUACAAAGGUUUGGUCCCCGAAAAUGGAUAUCCCUUCAAGUCAUCCUCUUCGGCACCGUCGCUACGCUCCAAGUCCUCGUCAAGAACCGCGCCGGCUUCCUCGCCACCCGCCUCAUCCUUGGCCUCGCCGAAGCCGGAUACAUCCCCGGAUCCAUGUAUACUUUGUCAAACUGGUACACCAAGCGCGAGUUGGCAAAGCGCAUUGCAGUCUUCAUGUUUGGGCAAUUCGGCGGCAAUGCCCUGAGCCCGCUCCUUGCCUCUGGCAUAUUGAAGUUGGCGGGGGAGGGCGGGUUGAGGGGAUGGCAAUGGCUUUUCCUGCUCGAGGGCCUGGCGACUCUUGUCGUAGCUAUGAUGCUCAUCUUUCUUCUCCCCGGGUCCCCCGAUACGCCGAAACCCCUAGGAAGUCAAGGUCUGAUUCGGUUUUCGCCAAGGCAACAGGAGAUCCUCCGAGAGAGGAUGCAGAUUGAUGAGCCUGGGAAAGUUGACGGAGUUCGGGGUAUCGAGAUUCCCUGGGCCCUCGUCUGGAAGACAGUGAAGCACUACAAGAGGUGGCCGCAUUAUGUAUCCACCUUUUGCGUCUUUUCGACGUGGUCACCGCUCACAACGUACACACCCUCCAUCAUCAUGGCCCUUGGUUUCGACCGCAUUAGCGCCAACGCUCUAGCCGCAGUCGGCGCGUCUCUCGCCAUGGCUGUGGUCUUUGCCUUUGCUAUGUUGAGUGAUCGGACGAACAAGAGAGGAUCAACAGUCCUACUGGGACACUUGUGCUACCUUUCCAUCCUGGUGGUAUCUCGAACCGUGCAUCCACAUGUCGGCAAGUGGUCGAGAUGGGGUUUGUGGACGGCGAUCAACGCAUUUGCUGUCUGUUACCACCCCGCGCACAACACCUGGUUGCAGGUCAACUGCCGAGACCCCGGAGAACGCAGCAUCGGAAUCGCCAUGUGGGUAAUGUCUGCCAUCAGUGGCUUGAUGGUGGGAUCUCAGUAUUUCAGGGGUAACGAUCUGCCUUUGUAG